GGUCUCUUCCCCCCGCAAAACCAAACCCUAGGAAGGCUAAUAGUAAAAGACUACGAACUUUCUUCACUCCCCGUCCCCUCAUUCCAAACGAGGUGUUAAUCUCUCUCUCUCUCUCUCUCUCUCUCUCUCUCUCUCUCUCUGUGAUUGAGGUGUCAAUCUGUAAACGAGCGUGUCUCAGUAUAUUCCCGUGCCUGCCUAUACUAAAUGGGGAUAGAAACUCAAAAGCAGCAGUCGUCGGUGGCGGAGGCGGUGGAGCAGCUCGUCGCCGUCAAUCCCUACAAUCCUGACAUCCUCCCCGAUCUCGAAAAUUAUGUCAACGAGCAGGUUUCAUCACAAACAUACAGUCUGGAUGCAAAUCUUUGUCUCCUUCGUCUCUAUCAGUUUGAGCCAGAGCGACUUAGUUCACAAAUUGUUGCCCGCAUUUUGGUCAAGGCUCUUAUGGCAAUGCCUGCCCCAGACUUCAGCCUUUGUCUCUUUCUAAUCCCAGAACGUGUGCAAAUGGAGGAACAGUUCAAGACACUAAUUGUUCUCUCACACUAUUUGGAGACUGCAAGAUUCCGCCAAUUCUGGGAUGAAGCCGCUAAAAGUCGUCACACUGUAGAAGCGGUACCAGGUUUUGAGCACGCAAUUCAAGCAUAUGCUCUUCAUGUCCUUUCUCUGAGUUACCAAAAGGUCCCGAGGUCUGUUCUUGCUGAGGCUAUCAACAUUGAAGGGCUCUCCCUUGACAAAUUCCUUGAGCAUCAGGCAACCAACUCCAGCUGGAUACUUGAGAAGGGUCAAGGCAGGAGCCAACUCAUUAUCCUACCACAGAAUGAGUUCAACCAUCCAGAGUUGAAGAAGAGCACUGCAGAUAGCAUUCCCUUGGAUCACAUUACCCGCAUCUUUCCCAUUCUUAGCUAAAUAAUCCAUUCGAGGACCUUUGAGUUUUUUUUUUUAUUUUUCCUGAUUCAGUGCCGUGUGUGGGAAACUUUUAAUCUACAUUGUUUCAGGGCUUCUGAUCUUUGCUUUUCGCUGAAAUGAUAUAAUGCUUAUAACGUUUAUAACGUUUCCUAGUCUGGAUUUUGAAUCCAUUUUGGUAUCGACAAAA